AUGAACCUGAACCUAAGAAAAAACCUACUUGGCAGCCAAGACGACGCUGCUGGCACCGACAUCGACCAAUUGCUAAAUUUGAUUGAUACAGACCUGGCCGCCUUUACUCACCAGAACUUGAAUGGCUCUAUCUCACAAACAAAGACUUGGGAACAAAGCAAUAGAGCUUCAGCUUCCUCCAUUGCAUCAAAUUAUCCGAAUCUAACAAAUAAUAAUCUUUCUAAUGCUCUUGAACGACAAUCUUCGACAGCGAAUCGAAUCUCUUCACAGGGCUCCUCACAAGCUACACAACCAGCUGCUUUAUCAUACAGUGUUAAUAGUAUUUCCUCGAAUGCUCUGCCACAGCCAUACAAUGGUUUUCCUCAGUCUUAUAAUAAUCCAACGCCUCAAACUUAUACUGCAUUACAACAACAAUACUAUGCACAACAUUAUUUCCCAUAUCAACAAUAUCACAAUUCUCAAAAUUAUUAUCCUACUUAUUAUCCUUCAUAUCCUCAAAAUUUGACAUCUCAAGGGUGGCCAUUAAACUCUCAAACUCACUCAAAUGUAGGUUCAAGGCCAUUACCAACACCUCCCGGUACUACAGCUGCUACAUAUUCGAAUGCACCAAUAACAUAUACGAAUCCUUAUAAUUAUUAUAGCCCUAUUGCAGGAGCUUCGUAUAAUUCCAUCCAAAAUAAUGGAACUGUUGUACCAUCACAAUAUAAUAUGCCAAAAUGCACUAUGCCUGAUUUUACUACCUAUGUUGAUCCCUCUUCGACUCCUGUUAUAUCAAAAAAUGAUUCUACAUAUAAUAAACCGCCAAUACAUGUUGGGGGGACAACUAAUGCACAAUCAACCGGUCAACCAGCAUCAAUAUUACCAUAUGAUGCUUAUCCUGCUGUUGAAAAUAAUUACAGUGAUGAUGUGACAUCUGUUCAAUAUAAUCGACUGAUACCGAAUAACUUGUCAUAUCUUCCGCCCGGAAAAGAACCGAUACAUUAUCCAUCAGAAGAUUCAACAUCUACAAAUAAAGCGCCUAUAUCCCAUAUGCUGAAUGGAUUAAUGAAUCAUGUUUUGCUUUCUAAUAUCGCUUUAGCUUUUCGAGCAACUGUUAAACUGGGAACCCAUGAAAAUGGUGCUUUGGAGUAUCCGGAGAGUUUUACUGGGGCAGAUGCAGUGACGACUAUAGCCUCACUUUUGCCCCCAUCUACUCCACGACGCAUCGCAUUAAAUAUGGCACGAUCAUUAGAAGCACAAUUAUAUUUUCAUUCGGUCGAUUGGUCUAUAAGCAGCGUCAUAAAGGACACUGAAGAGGAAGUAUAUACUUUUCUCAGUCCAAAUCCUGGAUCACCAACUGCAUUGGAAUGGGAUGAAGAUUUUCCAACUGGUGUUUUUCCUAGUGUUGGGAAAUGCUAUAGUCCUCGAUGUGGUGUUGAUGGUAAAGGAUGUUAUUCUAGGACUUGUCCGAAUUAUAUUCCAUCAGAGGAGAUAAUUCGCCCCGAAACUUCAUUAAAUAGACAAUCAAGUGUUAUUUCUGUAGUAUCCGAGAUUUCAGAUACUUCGACGCUAGUGCCACGAUCCCAAGAACGCACUUGGAUUAGCUUUGUGCCCAAAGAAAUAUCUGAUAAAAUAGAUAAAGAAGAGAGAAAGAGACAGGAAAUUAUUUAUGAAACAAUUUAUACUGAAGAAGAUUAUGUUACGGAUUUAGACUUAUUAGAAGAGCUUUAUGUAAAGGGGCUUCGUAAAUCUUCACCGCCAAUUAUCCCACAAGCUCGUUUUGAAGUUUUCAUUCAAGAUAUAUUUUUCAAUAUUUUUGAUAUACGCAAGCACAAUAAACGCAUGUUAGAAAAAUUACGAGAAAGACAGCGAGAAGGACACGUCGUAGAAAAAAUUGGGGAUAUAUUUUUGGAAUGUUCAUUAGAUUUUGGAAAUGAUUAUAUUUUAUAUAAUGGGCAUUUUCCGUUAGCUGAUAUUUUAAUUAAAACGGAGAAAAAUAGAAAUCCCGAAUUCAGAAGCUUUUUGGAGCAAUGCUCCAGAAGACCGGAAGCACGAAAGCUUGAUUUCCGGCAUUUUGUACAACGCCCUACGCAACGCUUACAACGUUACACUUUACUUCUUGAGCAAAUCAUCAAAUACACUUCUAAAGAUAAUCCCGAUAGAGAAGUAUUGGAAAAUGCCUGGCAGACUAUUAAAGAGUUAUGCCGAGAAAGUGAUACGAAAGUGCACGAAGCCGAGAAACGGUUAAGAAUAAUGGAACUUGAUCGUAAAUUAGUAAAAAAGAAUGGAGAUUUUUGUCCGGAAUUAAGACUUUUGGAUUCUAAUCGAUCUUUGGUUUUCAAAGGGGAAUUAAAAAAGAAACGUUUGGAGUGGCUUGAACUUUAUGUUUUUCUAUUUGAUCAUUAUCUAGUGAUGACAAAACCAAGAAAAGGAAAUGAUGGAGAAAUUAAAUAUCAAAUAUCAAAAAAACUUAUUCCAUUGGAUAUGCUAAAGAUAGAUACUUCCCCGGAACAACCACAAUUAAGGCCAACAUUUAAACUUAUUGAUCCUCGUAAAGGAAAAACUCAUACUGCUGGAGCACCUGGAGCUCCACCUUUAGAGGCCCAUUUUGAAAAUCCCGAUAAUCUUUUACAUCAAAAAUCCUUGUUUCCAUUCACCAUUAUCCAUCUCGGUAAAAACGGUGGAUCAUUUCAAUUAUUUGCAGAUUCAGCCAAUACUCGAAAAAUUUGGAAAGAUAAAAUAAUUGAAGCACAAACUAAACUUCAACUUAGCAAAUCACAUCAACAAGUAUUUGAAUUAUUUACCCUCGAUGAUGCAAAUUUUGGCUCUAGUCCUAUCUUAAAUUUAAAUAAUAGCGGUGGAACUACAGCAGCAUGGAAGGGGAGAGUAAAUUGUUCAGUGCCAUUUGUUACCCCCGAAAAGCGUAAUAUGGUGGCAAUUGGUACUGACGAUGGCGUCUGGAUGGGAUUUGGUGGGGAAACUAAAACAUUCCGGCAUGUUUUAAGACUCAAUAAUGUAAUGCAAAUGGCUGUGUUGGAAGAGUACUCUGUAUUUAUUGUAUUGGCAGAUAAACUUCUUUUGGCAUAUUCACUCGAAGUAAUGAUACCUUCAUCGAAUAAUCCUCCUGCUGCAGGAGCUCAGGCAUCGAAGCAUCCUCAGCGACUGAGUAAUAACACUAAUGUCCUGUAUUUUAACGUUGGUACCAUAAAAGAGAAGACAUUUGUGGUUUACAUGAAGAAGCGAGGUCUAGAAAGCCAUUUCAAAGUUCUAGAACCAGUAAUUGCUGCGAACGGUAACGAAAGGAGUCGAGGAUUUGGGACCCGCCGGUUUGGACUGGUAAAAAAUGACUGGUUCAAAGAGUAUAAACAAUUCUAUAUACCCUCUGAAUCGUAUUCAAUAAAUUUUUUGCGUUCGAAAUUAUGCGUUGUUUGCACUCGUGGCUUCGAAAUUGUCAAUUUAGAUUCUUUGCAAAACGUAACAAUACCUGAUUUCGGAAGCCAGGAGUUCGAAAAAAUUGCACGAAAAUGCGAGAAUUCUAAACCGUUAGGCAUGUUCCGACUAGGGGACAAUGAAUUCUUGUUAUGUUAUGAUGAAAUCUUUUUCUAUGUGGAUAAACAUGGUGAAUUAUCUCGACAAAGAACUGUAGAAUGGGAGGGAAAGCCUACAGCAGUUGCAAUGCAAUAUCCUUAUGUGAUCGGCUUUGAUCAACAAUUUAUUGAGAUACGACAUGUCCAAACGGGAGACUUGGCACAGAUAAUAACCGGGUCUAGCAUGCAAUGCCUAAACGAAAAUGGUUCCGGAAGGCAUGCUAUUCAUGGUGUUAUGCAGCAUCCAUUCAACGAAACUUACUAUAUCUUUCAACUGGUUAUGGCUGAAAUAAGAAGAACAAACAGUAUAGUUAGAGCUGGUGGUAGUGGUGCAGGGCAGUCAUAA